AUGGAAAUCGAUGUGAAUAAUCCUCGUGGUGGAUCACGACGACGCCAUAGUCAACUACGUUUACUUGAAAAACAAAUUCGUUCUGAAAUAUUCGAACGAUGUCUACAAUUUAUUGAUGUUAUUAUUAAUCAAAUUAUUUAUCAAGAAAAUAUUUAUCCUUCAAAUUUGUUUAUUUCUUGUCAAAUGUAUAAGACACUUGUAUAUAAAUGUAUUGAUAAUGAUAUAUCAUCAUAUAUAAUAUUAUGUGCUGCAUCAUUAAGAGAUUUAUUUUCUCAACAAUUAUCUGAUAUGAUUUCAAUAAAUAUCAUUCGAAAUUUUCAAAUUCCAAUUAUUCUUCGAAGAUAUUUAAUUGAAUUACAUACUAUUCAUGAUCCAUGUUUACGAGCUAUUUAUGAUAAUAGAAAACAAUUAAUUAAUCAAAUUGAUCAAGCAUUUGCUCAUUGUAUUCAAACAAUUAAACAAAUAAAACCAUUGGAAAAUCAUAAUUUUAAUAAACAAUGGACAUUUCAAUUUAAGGUUAUUUUAUUAUAUUUACAGAUUUUCUUUAAAAAUUUUUAUUUUAACAGAUUAUGUUCUAAUGAAAAAAAUAAUAAAGGUAUAACUAUAGGAGAAAUUCUUCGUAAACAACCAAUUUAUAAAGAAUUUCUAUUAAUAAAUCAACAAUCCGAUUUAUUAUCUAAUGGAAUAAAAUUACAAUAUAUGUGUAAAGAUGAUAAAUAUGAACAAGAAAAAUUUCAACAAUCAAAUAAUUAUUUAUUAAAUAAUAUAUCUAUUGAUCAACAAGAUACUAAUUUGAAACUGAUUCUGAUAUCGAUGAUCAUCAGCAAAAAAUCAAAUGAAUCAGAACUUUGGCUAUUAACGACAACGAAUAAUCCUCCAAUAUGUACAAUAGAUGAUCAAGAUAUGAAAUCAAGUGAUAUUGAAGAAAAAUCAAAGGAUAAAAACCGACAAAAUAAGAAUAAAGGAACGAUAAUUAAUGCUGAUUUAUUUAUUGAUCAUUAUCAUUUAACACAAAGAACUGAUCGAGAAAAUUUCGAUGCUCUUCAAUAUUCAUCUGAAGAUGAAGAUCAACCUCAAUCACCUUAUUCUCCUGAUAAUGUUUGGCAAGAAGAAGAUAAUGAUGAGGAUGAAGAUUUAUGA